UCUCUCCUGCAAGUGCUGGUGAUCUCCCCGCCAUGCUGUGGGCUCCCCUCCUUGUCCUGCUGGGGACGUGGUGCACAGGUGCCAGAUCACAGUCUCUGCUCACUCAGCCGCCCGCAGAGUCAGUGUCCCCAGGAAACACUGUGAAACUCUCCUGCGCCAUGAGCAGUGGGAACAGCAUCAGUGGCUACUAUGUGUACUGGUACCAGCAGAAACCUGGGACCCCCCCUCGGUACCUGCUGUAUUACAAGUCGGAUUCUGAGAAGCACCAGGGCUCCGGGGUCCCCGCUCGCUUCUCUGGCUCCAAAGACACGUCCAGUAACACCGGCUACCUGACCAUCACCGGGGUCCUCGCAGAGGAUGAGGCUAACUAUUACUGUGCUGUGUGGCACACUCUGUGUCACUGUGCGUAUGUCUUCGGCGGCGGAACCCAGCUGACCGUCCUCGGACAGCCAAAGGCCUCUCCUACCGUCCACCUCUUCCCUCCCUCCUCGGAAGAGAUCAGCAGCAAGAGCAAGGCCACGCUGGUGUGUCUGAUGGACAGCUUUUACCCCGGCUCAGUCCUGGUCACCUGGAAAGCUGAUGGCACCACCAUCACCAGUGGAGUGGAGACCACCAAGCCGUCCAAACAGAGCGACAACAAGUACAUGGCCGGCAGCUACCUGGCGCUGAGCGCCUCCGACUGGAAGAGCCACGAGACCUACACCUGUCAGGUGACGCACGAUGGGAAGAACAUCGAGAAGACCCUGAAGAGAUCGGAGUGCUCUUAGCCCGCAGCCCCCAGAGGGCUCGGCCGGCUCCUGUCCCAGUCAGUAGAGAGCUGGGAUCCCUGAGGAGUUGGGAUCUUUCUGUAAUAUCUCCCUAAUGCUGGUUUCCAGCAACUCCAAUUUCUACUUUGUGUGGAGAUUUUAGCCAGUCCCUUUGACACCCACCUUUCGUUCCAUGUAUCCAUCUCCCGCCCUCCCUUCUCUGCAUUCCCUGCACAUGUUGUUCCUGCUUUAGUCUCUGAUGCAGCCUUGAUACAAAAUUAAUAAAACCAGAAAUAUUCAACUCUCA